AUGAAGCUGUCGCGUCGCUGCAAGUCGCGUCAAGUCGCGUCAUGGACGUUGGCUUUCUACCUCUUACCUUCAUUACCUCCUACCUCGCCUCUAACCUCCAUCACAUACCUCAUCUCUCUGCACCAAAUGGGAAAGUCCAAGAAAUCGGACAAGUCCAGUCGCUCCAGGUCCAGGUCCAGAUCACUGAGUCCAGAGAAGGAGAAGACGAAGAAAUCGAGUUCCAAACGCAAGGAGGCUCCAACGUCAAGCUCUAGCCACCGAAACAAUUCCGGGAAAUCUAGCUCGGAUUCCAGCUCAGAAAGCGAGCCUGAGACCGAGCCUGAGAAGGAGCCUCCACGCAAGAAACGGAUAAGCCGCCGCAACCAGGAGUCCGACUCGGAGCAGCCUGUCCAGACUAACGCUAUACAGGCAACAGUCAGCCUCCCCGAGACCGCGCCUGUGGCAGCACAAGAUGCACGAGAAGAAGGAAAUAUGGCGCUCACCAUUGCCGUCCGACCGAGCCACAUCAGGAAAAUCCAGAUUCGCAAAUGA